ACUGACAAUGCUGGUGAGAUGAAGAUAGUGUUGUUGCUGCUUCUGGGCUCACGGAGGACGACGAGAGGAAUCUACAAGCCGACAAGAUGAGAUCCAAGGCGAGGGCGAGAAAACUGGCCAAAAAUGACAGUGAGCCAGUGGACAGCAUGUACGACACAGAGGCCGACCUCCCGGGUUUAGCGUCCGGCGGAGGUGGUGCUGACAGCCCAGAAGACGACGCAGAAGACGGCGUCAUCAACAUGUCUCCCCUGCCCUCACCGACUCCUUCCCAUCCAAACAACAACCACCACCACCUGCUGCUCCCCCACAUCUAUGCCACCCACCACCACCACCACCUCCACAACAACAGCAACAGCAGCAGCAAUGACCAGGACUUCACCACGCCCAAGGAAGGCUCGCCCUACGAGGCACCUGUCUACAUUCCUGACGACAUUCCGAUUCCCAGUGAACUGGAGCUGCGGGAGUCCUCUGUGCCCGGUGCCGGCCUGGGCGUAUGGGCCAAGACCCGCAUUGGUGCUGGCGAGAGGUUCGGUCUGCACAACACACUUCAUCACGGGGUCACAGGCAAAGACAGCUCCUUUGGAUGGGAGCAGAUGAUGAACGACCAUGAAGAGGCCUCCCCUGACAGCUGCAUCAAAAAGGUGGUGGACGACAUGGGUAAUGUCAAGUUUGCCCUGGACACAGGCCCGGACGCCACCAGCAACAGCUGGCUCAAAUACGUCCGCUCUGCGCCGUCAUUUGAGGAGCAGAACCUCGCCGCCUGUCACCUCACCGGAGACCAGAUUUAUUAUAAAGCUGUCCGGGACAUUGAAGCAGGGGAGGAGCUUUUAGUGUAUAUGAAGGACGGUAUUUUCCCGGAGGGAUCCAUGGCACCCAACCUACAAGACGAGCAGAUGUACCGCUGUGAAGACUGUGAUGAGCUGUUCUCCUCGACACUUGAGCUGCGGCGGCACCAGAAGUAUUCGUGCUCCAGUGCCGGCUCCAUCUUUGACACACUGAGAGAGGACUUCAAACAGGAACGCGAGGACAGCGACGAGCCCGUCCACGAGUGUAAAGACUGUGAGAAGAUCUUCCCAAAUGAGUACAGUCUGGGUCAACACAUGAUAGUCCAUACAGAGGAGAGGGAGUACAAGUGUGACCAGUGCCCCAAAGCCUUCAACUGGAAGUCCAACCUCAUCCGUCAUCAGAUGUCACAUGACAGUGGCAAACGCUUUGAGUGUGAAAAUUGUGAUAAGGUGUUCACAGAUCCCAGCAACCUCCAGCGCCACAUCCGCUCCCAGCACGUGGGGGCACGUGCUCACACAUGUCCUGAGUGUGGCAAGACCUUUGCCACCUCAUCAGGCCUCAAGCAGCAUAAGCACAUCCACAGCAGUGUCAAACCCUUUAUCUGCGAGGUGUGCCACAAAUCCUACACCCAGUUCUCCAACCUCUGCCGCCACAAGCGUAUGCAUGCUGACUGCCGCACCCAGAUUAAGUGUAAGGACUGUGGGCAGUUGUUCAGCACUACCUCCUCCCUCAACAAGCAUCGCCGCUUCUGUGAGGGCAAAAACCAUUAUGGCUCUCCAGCAGGGAUGUUCAAUCCUGGUAUCCCCAUGAGCUCCAGCCCCAUCAUGGCCAAGGCUAAGUCCCACCAUCCCCACCUUGCGGGUCUAAACCAGUCAGGUUUAGGCUUCACUGACUACUUUCCCUCCAGACCUCACCCUCAUGCUGGCUUGCCCUUCUCCCCAGGACCCCAUGGCUUCCCAUCCCUCCCACAUGGUUUCCCAGGUAUCUUCCCCCCAUCACUGUAUCCGCGACCGCCUUUAUUGCCGGCCAGUCCGUUGAUAAAGAGCCCGCUGGGCAGCGGCAGUCAGGAGGUGAAGCUGCCUCGGAGUCCCCUAGAUGCCCCUCCACUGUCCCUGGUUAGCUCCACAAACAGCAAUGGAGGUAACAGUUUGAGUCAGGCAGAAGACAAAGAGAGAGAGAACAAACUGGAUUUGUCUUCUAGUGGAGAAGCCAAGCCAAAAUCUAAGAUGGCUGACAUGUCUGAUGGUAGUGACCUUGAAGACGUUAAUACCACAAGUGGGACAGAUUUGGACACCACCACUGGUACUGCUUCAGGUGAUGGUUCUGACCUGGACAGUGAUGGAGAGAGUGAACGCGAGCGAAGUGGUAAAAGAAGGAAGCCGUCUGGAGCCAUAUCAAGUCAAGAAGGCCACCAAUUAGAAGACACAAAUAGUGCAUUGUUAUCAGCCGUGUCUAGUUCGGGGAACCUUGCUAUUGAUCGCCCCUUUCUCUCUUCUGCAUCAACUCAGCACUCCUUCUUCCCUCCACCUGAUGAGCAAGCCCUCCCACCCACCACCACAAAUGCCAAUGCAGCCACCACUGAUUCCAUCAAAGCCAUUGCCUCUAUUGCUGAGAAAUAUUUUGGUCCAGGUUUGAUUGGUCUGCAUCAGGAGAAGAAGAUGGGUCCAUUGCCCUACCACUCCAUGUUUCCCUUCCAGUUCCUGCCCAACUUCCACAACUCCCUUUAUCCCUUCAGCGCAGAUCGAGGUGCCCUCAAUCCUAGCAUGUUCUUUAAGGCAGAGCCCAAGUCACCUCGUGAGCAGCUGCAUAAGAUGGUUUCUGGGGCCCCAGAAGCUCCUGCUGCUACAGCAGAAUCACCAUUUGAUCUCACCACAAAGCCCAAGGAGGCCAAGUUAACUCCUCCCACCCCAACAAACCCCUCAAACCCAAACUGUAGUACUGGGAGCAGUAGUGGACCUUUAGCAAUAUCUAGUGGUGAAGAACAGCCAUUGGACCUCAGUAUUGGCAGCCGGAGCCGAGGUGGUCAUAAUGGUGUGGCAGCUGAGCCACAAAAUCGAAAGAACCACAUGUAUGGAGUAGGAAAAGGUGUCAUCAAGGACGAAACCUCAGCUGGGUUUCCACUCCUCCAUUCCCAGUCAUUGCACCAAUCCUCCAUCACCCCGCACCAGCAGCCCCAGGCACAGCCACACCAGCCACCACCCCUGCAUUAUGCCAAGCCCUCCGCAUUCUUCAUGGACCCCAUAUACAGCAGGGUGGAGAAGAGGAAGCUACUUGACCCCGUAGGAGCUCUGAAGGAGAAGUUCCUCAGGCCUUCACCACCACUCUUCCAUCCACAGAUGUCAGCCAUGGAGAACAUGACAGAGAAGCUGGAGAGCUUUGGUGCCCUAAAACUGGACACGCCGCCCAAUUCACUGCAACACUCGGCUCAUCCACUGUUCAACUUCCGCUCACCACCACCUUCCCUCUCAGACGCCAUCCUUCGCAAGGGCAAGGAGCGCUACGCCUGCAGGUACUGUGGGAAAAUCUUUCCUCGUUCAGCAAACCUCACCAGACACUUGCGGACACACACAGGCGAACAGCCGUACAGGUGUAAAUACUGUGACCGCUCAUUCAGCAUCUCAUCCAAUCUUCAACGCCACGUUCGCAACAUCCAUAACAAGGAGAAACCCUUCAAGUGUCACCUGUGCAACCGCUGCUUUGGUCAGCAAACCAACCUCGACCGCCAUCUCAAGAAGCACGAGCAUGAGAACAUUCCUGUGAGCCAACAGUCUGGGAUGCUUUCCAACCUAGGAACCACCAUCUCCUCGCCAAACUCCGAGCCAGACAAUCAUGCACUUUUAGAUGAGAAGGAGGACUCGUACUUCUCAGAAAUCCGCAACUUCAUUUCCAACAGUGAGAUGAACCAGGCCUCCAGCUCCACAGAUAAGAGAUCAGACCAGGCAGAGGAGGAGCGCCCACCCAGCCACAGUUUGUCCAACUCCAAGUUAGGGCUCCAGGGAUUGGAGGAGGAGGAAGAGGAAGCGGAAGGCGAUGAUGAGGAGGAGGAGGAAGGCAGCCUGACAGAAAAGUCUCAUGAUGAAGCGCCGGAGUCCCCGUCUCCCGUCACGACAGGAGUGUAUGAAGAGGACGAGGAGGAGGAAGAGACAGAGACGGCUCCAUUAUCUAUGAGCUACGAACACACUCGCAGGUGUAUAGAGGAGGAGGGCUCUCUCUUGGACCUUGAGGGUCUGCCCAGCUUUCCCAAGAGCCUGGAUGGGUUACGUAAAGCAGCCAAUGAUGAGCAACCCUUUGAUGUUAAAGACAUAUUUAACACUUCACUAGAGUCGGAAGCAUUGAAAGAGACAUUGUACAGGCAGGCUAAAACCCAGGCUUAUGCAAUGAUGCUGUCUCUCUCAGAGAACAACCCUUUGCACGCGCCCUCCCAGAACUCUCUGGACGCUUGGCUGAGCAUGGGAGGUGGACCGUCUGAGACGAGCAGCUUUCACCCGCUCAACCACAUCUAGAAGAGAGAGAGAAAGAGAGGAAGUGGGAGGAAGAGUAGGAGGAACAUUAGUUUCACAAAUGGAUAGAAACAAGAGACACAAGUGGACAUGAGUAGUGAGAAGACGUGAGGAGCAGAGAAUUCAGUGUCACAUACAUUCAUGAGUGAAAGAAUGUGAGUGUGUGUGUGUGUGUGUGUGUGCGUGCGUGCGUGCGUGCGUGCGUGCGUGCGUGCGUGCGUGCG